CACAUGUCCUCAUCUGGUUGGCCUCUUGAUCUCCACCUAACGAUAAGUGUUGGUCUCUACGUCACUGUUUCAACCUCCUAUUGUGUUCUUCAGCUGCUCCUCCUGCUUCACUUCUGCAGCUUUCCUUUCAUCAGCUUCAUCACAAUCUUUCUGCUCUUUUAGUCCAAGGGUUGUGAAGGCCCCCAACUAAGGUCCGUAAAGAUAAUCCAUGGCCCAACUGUUGUCAAUUACAAAUCGAAGCCAGGCUUGAAGCCCAUACCUACAACCUUUAACUCGCACAGUAUAUAUACACUCCCAAACCCAGACUCUCAAAACCCUAGCGCCAUUUCCACAAAUCAACGCCGCAGCAGCAUCAGCUGAGCCAAGCAACAAUGGUGUCCGGUUCAGGAAUCUGCGCGAAGAGGGUGGUCGUCGACGCCCGCCACCACAUGCUCGGCCGCCUUGCCUCGAUCCUUGCCAAGGAGCUCCUCAACGGCCAGAAGGUCGUCGUCGUUCGAUGCGAGGAGAUUUGCCUGUCCGGCGGACUGGUUCGCCAGAAGAUGAAGUACAUGAGGUUCCUGAGGAAGCGGAUGAACACCAAGCCUUCCCACGGGCCAAUCCACUUUCGCGCUCCUUCUAAGAUCCUCUGGCGCACCAUUCGCGGCAUGAUUCCUCACAAGACCAAGCGCGGUGAGGCUGCCCUCGCCAGGUUGAAGGUCUACGAGGGCGUCCCGCCGCCGUACGACAAGGUUAAGAGGAUGGUGAUCCCCGACGCUCUCAAGGUUUUGAGGUUGCAGAGUGGUCAUAAGUACUGCUUGUUGGGCAAACUCUCUUCUGAAGUUGGAUGGAAUCACUAUGAUACCAUUAAGGAGCUUGAGAGGAAGAGGAAGGAGAAGUCAGCUGUCAUGUACGAGAGAAAGAAGCAGUUGGCCAAGCUCAGGGUCAAGGCUGAGAAGACCGCCGAUGAGAAGCUCGGUGCCCAGCUGGAAGUCAUUGCUCCCAUCAAAUAUUGAUUUGGUUUUCCUAAACAGGAGCUUGGUUUUCUAUGGUUUGCUGCAUGAUCUCCGCUAGGGAUUAAAUCUUUGCAAGUUUUCGGAGUAUGUAUUUCGGUCAUUCUGGUUUUGUUUCGGAUUUAUCUGAAGAAAGUGGAUUAAUUUUUGUGAUAGUUAUAUUUAGAAUCGUUUCUCUUCCAUCAUUCACAUGCUCUGCUAUUAUUCAAGUUAUUCGAAAAUGAUUCGACUCUUCAACAAUCACUUCACCGCUCGUUCUACCAUAGCUACUUGGAAAUGUUGUUUCUUUCCAAUCCUUUACUAGUCUGUGUGGACGUGUCAAUGGCCAGACGUUUUUGGGUGCUUAUCCCGGCAGCCAUCGACGAUGGCUAUGAGUUACCUCGAGUCACAGGUUUCAUACAAAGUUGUUAUUUUUUUGUCGUGGGCAAUGCAGUCAAAAAAGUUGUUAUUUUUUUGUCGUGGGCAAUGCAGUCAAAAACGUGAUUCUUCGUAGUAGAUUUUGACUAAAUUUAUAAGGGAGAAGUGUGAUUCUACUAAGAAGCGUUUUUUAGUUUUAAAGUCUGCAUUGGUCAUGAGUUUUUAUGACUUAAAAAAAAAAGUCAUGAGUUUGAGAAUGAAAUCUCUGAGUUACG